CAUAAUUUUUCAGAGGUCGGUUUUGAUAAGUUAUUGGAAAGAUCUGUGCACCUGUAUCUUGACGAACAUUAACUGCAUUGAAAAAACCAUAUAGCAAUGGAGAAGCACAUUCUGUGGUCCAGAGAACUGACGAAGGACAAGAACUCGGUGACCUGGACUCCCGCGGACGACGAUGAUGACCAGGAGGCAGACAUCAAUAUCCAGCAGACACUGCAGCUGUCACAUGCCAGUUAUGGAGGAGAGGGGGCAGACACACAGGUUGUGUCUGUGAAAUACAAGCACAGCAUGAUCCCAGACAUGGACGCGGACGAAGAUGAGUCUGAAGAGAAGGACUACUCGACCGGAGUGCUGUGCAUUCUGAAGAAGGACCACAUGGCCAACUGUGUGUUCAACCUCAAGUCAGAUGACACCGUCCAGUUCACACUCACCAAAGGCACAGGACCCGUCUACCUGUUCGGAACGCAUUCGAUGGUGGCAAACAUGUCAGUUGACUCUGAAGACGAGUUCGAAAACUCAUUUAUUAAUGACGAGGCAGAAGAAGUGGCCAAUCCCACUGACAGCGAGGAUGCCAGCGAAGAGGAGUCGCCUAUGCUUGCAAAAAGCAAAAAGCCAGCGAAAGAACCAGUGAAGAAAGUGUCCUUUUCAGAAAAGAAGGCAGUGAAAGUUCCAGAGGCAGCGAUUCCUGCAAAGGGUGCAGCUGUUCAACCGCCAGCUAAAAAAUUGAAACAGCCAGUCCCACAACCGGAAGAAGACGACGAUGAGGAUGACGACGACGAUCUGGACGACGAGGAUGAAGAUGACGAUGAAGAUGACGAAGAAGAGUCACCUGAACCUGCUGCCAAACCACCCAAGAAAGCUAUGAAGCCAGCUGCUGCGGAUGAAGACGACGAAGAAGAUGACGACGAUGAAGAAGAUGAUGACGACGAGUUAGAUGAAGACGAAGAGGAUGAUGAUGGCGAAGAAGAACCUACAGCCUUCAAAUCCAACCAGAAACCAACCCCUCAUCCCAAGUUUGAGAAGAGAAAGAGAAUAUAUGACGAAGUGGAUUCCGAUGACGAUAAACAAGGGAACAGCAGCUUCCGUGGGCGAGGCGGUGGUCGUGGUGGAUUUGACAGAGGCCGCGGCUACAAUCGAGGUGGCGGUGGGUUCCGAGGAAAUGGUGGCGGAGGAUUUAGAGGCAAUGGUGGUGGUGGGUACCGAGGGGGUGACCGAGGAAGGUUUUCUCAUUCUCCUCGAGGGCGUGGCGGUGAUAGAGGAAACUUCAGAGGAGGUGACCGAGGAAGGGGAAACUUCAGGGGUGGCGAUAGAGGUCGAGGCGGAGGAUUUAAUAACAGAGGCCGAGGUGGUUUCGGAGAUCGCGGACGUGGAGGAGGAGGAGGAGGCGGUGGCCGUGGAUUCCACAAGAAGUUUUAGCAUAUUUUAUCGCUUUUCUUUUCGCCAUGAAACAGAAUGUCUGACUGGAUUUUAAAUAGAAGUCGGGAAUUUUUUGUUACUCCUGGUUGUGUUGUUUUGAUCAAUGGACGAAUGCAGACUUGACUUCCAAAAGUAUAUUCUGAAGGGCUCUCUGAAAGAGAAUUUGAAAAGCUGAUUUAAUUAUUCCACUCAUCAGAUGAUGAUGCCUUGCAGUACAGUUAUAAAAUGUUGAUUUGAUCAGUUUUCUGCUGAUCUGCCUUGUUUUUUCAAUGCUUGUUCUUACUUAUUGGAAGUUGUUUUGCAGUUAGCAAAGAGUCUAUUUCACAACAAA